GAUGUUUUUUUUUUUUUAUAUCAAACACGCUCGCCUAUCUCGCUGAAAAUAACGUUGUUAUCAGAAAUCGGAUGAAUUAUGCCCUCUUUGUGUGAUGGACGCACAGUCCGAGGGAGUGGCAAUUCACGAAAUCAGUCGAAUCGCGAGCACGUCGUGUAACCAACGAGAAGACGCUGAUAUUGAGAAAAGUGCGCUAAGCGAGGACGAAGAGAACGAUAUGCCACCGAUACCGGACACGGUGCCAAUGUCAAAUACGACGGCCAUCGCUGAAAGUGAUCAGAUCGACGGCCAGCACGGGAACGUCGAUCAAUCGAACAGCAAUUUGACCGCUAACGAGCCGCUGAAACGUCGCCGGACAACUGAGGAGAUCGCCAGUUUUAAUAUGUCCGACAGGAAGUCAAAGAACUGCGCGACCUUCUAUUUCCGCCACUUGGACACUGAUUCCGAGCAGAACGAGGACGGGGCGAUCGCUAUGGAGGAUUCCUCGGAUGAAGAGUGGACGUACACGUCGUCGCGGUUGAAUAUUACGAGCGAACAACAACGAAACACAAACGUGGUGGUGCGUCUGGACUUCCGCGAGGGGCAAAGUGAAUCACGGGAGACUGCCGAGGGAGACGGGAAAACGAGCGAGAGGAAGCCCGUGAAGGAGAGCUCGUCCAGCAUGGAGGUUGUCGACGAGAGUAACGAAACCGACGCGUCUUCUUGCAACAAGAAAGACAGCGAUGACGAAACUAGCAACGACAAAACGAGCAUUGAGAGGCUGAUCAAGGGGGCGGAGAAGUUAGUCGGGGAGGAAAGGCGCAACGGUGCCUCCAAGACAUUCCCUCAGUUCAUAUUCGACGAUAAGAAGGGUUUAACGAACAAUCAUCGCGCCAAAUACGCGAGGAUCAAAGAGUGGUUGAAAUUGAACUCCGCACGAAGCCACGAUGGACAUUCUACGUCACAG